AUCUAAAAUGGCACAAAAUGUUGGAGCUGGAAGGGACCUUGGAGAACACCUAGUUCAGCCCUCCUUGUUUUCCAGGUGAGGUCAGAGGAGUGAAGUGACUUGCCCAAGACCACACAGCGAGUCAGGAGCAGGCCUGUCCCUCCAGCAGCGGUGCCAUGUCGUCCCCGGACCAUGGUGGCAGACGAGCCGGUGUGAACGCCCCAUCCUGCCACGUCUGUGAUGUGGGCACCUCACAUGACUGUCCCCUCCCAGCUCUUGGGGGGGACCUAGGACAUUCUGUGGGCCUGCAGGAAAGUUUACCAAAUGCUGCAGCUUUGUCCUUGUGGCGAUGGGCACCCCGUUAACGGCAACCUUGCAUUUGCUGUGUGGAGUGACCGUCACUUUACCGUCGGCAUUUGUGAAGGAAGCGUGUUUAUCUGAAAUUCUAAGAAGACAAGAGUCAGUCUAAGACGCCCAGCCAGUGGCGGCUUUUGUGAGCAGGUAGGCUGAUCUCUCUCAUCUGCACAGGAGGGAAGAUCUACAGCUGUCGAGGACGGCAGGUGGCAUCUCGGGGCCUCCUGUGUGCUGUGGCUCACGGUGCAUGGGGAAAGCAGCGGGUGUCGACGGACCCUGCGCUUGGGGAGCAUGGGGAGCUGGGAGACAGCAGGCAAGGGCUUCGUUAACAGAACGAACACCAGCCGCAGGCCCAGCACUGCGGGGAGCCGGCCAAGGCCACACUGGAGUCCUCACCCUCCCAGGCCAGCGGGAUGGGGUGGUGGGAAAACGGCAGCAAGCAAGCUUCAGAAGAGACGCUCAGCUCAGGAGGCGACUCUUAACGAGCCUCACCUACUCCAGGGUUGGAGCCCAGGAAGCAAACCAGCACUGCACCCUGGAUUUCAGCCAGCGGACGAAAGCCCUGCCCUCAGCUUUCUCAGACCAGCCCUGGAGUGGGUGGCCCGGGGAGACCUGGGAAGUGGCCCUGCUGGUCCUGCAGACUGUGGCUUUGCAGCUGUCUAGAUGGAGGGGUCACAGUUCUCUCAUGCUGGAUGAGGACACUGAUGCAUGGAAACUCACCCCAAACCUUGAAUCGUGAUGGCAUUUGAGGCAGCCCGACCGGCGUCACAUGAACCUGAAAAGAAUCAAGAUAUAAUUUAUUUUUAAAAUAAAUCAGACACUUUCAGAAUUUGACCCUAA